AUGAGAGACUUUGAGGAGAUCACGCUAUGCCCUGAGGCGCUGGACUGCAGCAAGACCGAGUUCUGCAACCCUGUCUUUGAGGGCAAGGAGACUCCAGCAGCAUCACCUACUGAGCACCCACCCUGUGGACAAGAGGACUUGCCCCAGAACCACCCUGAGGGCCAGCGGCACUGGGGCCACUACCGAUCCGACUGCAGGUUCACCUGGCUCUGCGUGGCACUGAUGAGCGCCCUGCUGCUCUUCCUCAUUGCCCUUCUGCUGGGCAUUGUCAUCCACCAGCUCAAGUCCCCACAGCUGCCUGGCUCGCCGGGCGCAGCUUUGCCCGCACACAGCAUUGCCAACACCAGCACGGCACCUGCCCGCCAGGACCCUGCAGCCCCCGAAGCUACGGCCACCCCAGCGCAGAGCCAGGCACCCACGGCCGGCACGCCGACGCCGGCUUGUGGUGGGACCCUGAGGGGUCCCGAAGGCACCUUCAGCUCGCCCAACUACCCGUCGCCCUACCCACCCAAUGCCCUGUGCGUCUGGCACAUCGAGGUGGCGCCAGGCCUGGGCAUCCAGCUGCGGGUGGAGGCGUUCAGUGUGGAGGGCACCGCGUCCUGCCUCUUUGACCGCCUGGAGCUCUACGAGGAGCCCUCGGCCGAUGGUAGUACUGGUGCCCCGGCUCGGGGCGGUAUGGCCAGGUUUUGUGGCACCGUGGCACCACCGACCUUCAACACCGAUUCCAACCAGCUGCGGGUCACCUUCGUCUCAGACAGCAGUGUGGGUGCUCCAGGCUUCAGCGCCCACUACCGCGCCGUGGCCCCCAGUGAGAAGAGCUGCGCCUGGGAUGAGCACUUCUGCGACCGAGGGCUCUGCCUGCAGCCGGGCUUCGUGUGCGACGGCUUCCACGACUGCGCCGACCGCAGUGAUGAGGCCAACUGCAGCCUGAAGCACAAGGUGGGAAGGGAGUGCGGGGGGCCGCUGACUGCCUUGGAGGGACAUUUCUCCACCCCUAGCCAUCCCCACCCAUACCCACACCAGCAGCUCUGUCUCUGGCAGAUCUCAGUGCCCCUGGGCCACAUCAUCGACCUGCACUUCCACAACUUCAGCCUGGAGCCACACGAGGACUGCAGCUUUGACUUUGUGGAGGUGCACGACAGUGCAGGCACUGGGGCCCCCAGCCUCAUGGGCAGGUUCUGUGGCCACCAGUUGCCACCCGUCCUGACCUCCUCACGGCAUGUCAUGACCGUCCUCUUUGUGGCAGACGAGGGGGUGGCAGAUGAUGGGUUCUUUGCCACCUAUCAAGCCCGCAACGCCACAGAGAAGACCUGCAGCCCGGCGGAGUUCUCCUGUGGGAACGGUGAGUGCCGGGCACUGGAGUCCGUGUGUGAUGGCUGGCACGACUGCCCUGACGGAACCGAUGAGCUGAACUGCACCGGCGUGUCCUAUCCAGCCUUUGAGUCUGUCUGUGAGCCCCUGGAAGUGGAGAUGUGCCUGGGCCUGAGCUAUAACACCACAUCCUUCCCCAACAUCUGGCUGGCCAUCCCUGACCAGGCGGGAGCUGCUGAGAUGCUGCAGGACUACCAGACCCUCAUGGAGCUCGCAUGCUACCAGCACCUACGCCCCCUCAUCUGCAGCCUCUUUGUGCCCAAGUGCACACCGGACGGCGGCGUCCUGCAGCCCUGCCGUGCCGUGUGCUUGUCUGCCGAGCAGCGGUGCCAGCAGUCCCUCGGCCUCCUUGGCAUCCUCUGGCCCAUCAACUGCAACAUCCUGCCCGACUCCAGAGACCCUGUGGAGUGCUUCCAGCCCUGA